AAAUGAAGGUGGCGAGCAACUUCUGGAUCUCGGGUUCACACCCAAGCUGGUUGGCUCUUCCGUGACAAGAAGUGAAGAUAAAUUCGACCUGUACAGUGUGACGACAAAAGGUCGAAUAAGCAGGAAAAAGAGCACGAGUUAAACUGUUCACUUCACUAUAGUUAAUAUCGAUACAUUUAUUCUUCGUGUUGUACCCUUGGAAUUUUUCUAGCAUAACUCGUUAGGGCUUGACGAAACUGGCACCGGCUACCCCCAGUAGAGAAACAUGUUCGUGCAGCAAAUUCAAUAUCUAUAGAAGCCUGUGGAAUGACUUAGCAUGGCACAAAUGUAAUUACUAUGAGCCUGUGAAAGGUGAUUUACUAUGAGGCUUUUACCAAGGAACCCCACAUCUGAUAUCGAUACGGGUCGCUGAUAAGCCCGCAAUCGGACAUUUUCGCAUCGGGGGCGACUUCACUUGUUCAACUACCUCUUCUGUGUCAUCAUAGCUGGCCCAGCAUGACCACUGUUUUCACCAACGGGCGCUUCUUCACGGGGAGCGGCAGUGGUGGCCAGGACGAUGCCUCUUUUGAAGAAUGCAUGGUCAUCGAGAAUAACACAAUCACCCAUGUUGGCAGCGUGACCGACGACGCAGUCACCCAGGCAAAAGCGAAUGGUGCUGCCGUCCAACAUCUCGGGAGUAAAUAUAUUCUUCCUGGGUUUAUAGAUGGGCAUAUGCAUCUGCUUCUUCUAGGUCAAUCGCUCCAGAAACUCGAUCUCGACGGCUGUACGAAUCUCAACGAGAUCCGUACCACUGUCAGUGCAUAUGCAAAAUCUCAUCCAGAGACUCCUCGGAUUCUGUGCAAAGGCUGGAUGCAGAGCAUGACAGAUAACGAAGCUCUAGCAUCAAUGCUGGAUGAUCUUGACUCUCGCCCAAUCUAUAUCGAUGCUAAGGAUCUGCAUUCAACCUGGUGUAACUCGGCAGCACUCCGGGAAUUAGACGUUGACGGCAUGGCUGAUCCUCCCGGUGGAACAAUACAUCGAGAUGAAAAUGGUAAAGCAUCGGGGCUCCUCAGUGAAGCUGUUGUCUUCUCGUUGAUUUGGCCACAUCUCGCACGUGUCGCUUCCAUGGAGGACAAAUUGAAUGCACUGCGCGGUGCUAUCUCUGCAUAUACUGCUUGUGGAUAUACGGGCUUGGUUGAUAUGGCAAUGGAUGAUAAUUCCUGGGAGACUCUUCUGAUAUUACGACAGCAGGAGCAAUUGACUCUGCGGAUCGCUGCUCACUGGCUGAUCGUUCCCUCGACAGACCCUAGCGCGGAUCUCGCACAGGUAGAGAGAGCAAUUGAGCUCCACGGCAAAUACAACCUACAAACUUCACCUGAGUUUCGCAUUGCAGGAAUCAAAGUCAUCUGUGACGGUGUUAUCGAUGGAUGCACGGCCGCCCUUCUCGAGCCGUAUACUCUGAAUGGCAUCUCAUGCGAUCCGCUCUGGCCAGCAGAAAAGCUUGAGCCAGUGGUGCGACGCGCAGUGCAAGCAGGGUUACAAUGCGCGUUGCAUGCCAUUGGCGAUGCCACUGUGCACACUGUGCUGAAUGUUCUCGAGGCGCAUGCCAAUCGGGACGGCCGUCACCGAAUCGAGCAUCUCGAAAUGACGACGGCUGAAGACGCAGCGCGGCUGGGUAAACUCGGUAUCACGGCAUCUGUGCAACCGGUGCAUUCAGACCCGGAUAUUCUCCGAGCGUGGCCGUCACUUAUCGGACAUGAGCGGUGUCGUCGAGCAUUCGCAUACCGAGACUUUUUGGACGGCGGAGCUACUUUGGCCUUUGGUUCCGACUCUCCCACAGCGCCGUUUAAGCCAUUCCCCAAUGUGUACACGGCGACGACAAGGAAGUCUGCCCGGCUGCCCGACUCAGAUGAGACCGUGAAUCCCAACUUCGCGUUGCCGUUGGUCACGGCCAUGACAGCUGCAACGGCUGGGGCGGCAUAUUCGUGUUUUGCAGAUAGCAUUACCGGGAGGUUGCAAACAGGGCUGAGUGCUGAUUUUGUUGUGGUGGAUAUGGUGUGGUCGAAAGAUAAAUUAUUACAGGCAACUGUAGAGGAAACUUGGUUCAACGGAGUGAAUGUGUUUCGGGCGAAGACAAACUAGGGUGUACAUAUCAAUUGAUGACAUCUGUUGCUGAUUGCCAACUGAUAUUGAGAACGGAAACUGUAUAUAUUGUAUGAUACAGAUAGAAUUGCUGUUGUACAUGCAUUAUCUGUGCGGAUAUUCUGUACUUCUCGUUUGGCAUAUAUUCGCUCAAAAUGAACUGAUA